AUGAGGUAUCCUCCGGCGAGACGAUCACAGCAUGCGUUCAGCAGUGCCAUGACUAAUUGUUCAUUGGGUUUAAUAGCGUUUCAGCUGCCUCCUUCAGAAGCCCUUGCAGCUUUCAUACCAGAAGAAGCAAACCCUUCGUCUCAUAUGCUGCAGAGCCUUGUCCUGAUGGAUCUCGACCCAGGAACGGCCAAGCUGGCGAUCAGCAUUCUUGGACCCUUUCUGUCUGCAUAUGGUUUCCUAUUUAUACUGAGAAUAGUCAUGUCAUGGUACCCAAAGCUCCCAGUGGGGAAAUUUCCUUAUGUGUUGGCCUAUGCUCCAACAGAGCCUCUCCUUUUCCUCACCCGGAAGGUUAUACCACCUCUUGGUGGAGUCGACGUGACUCCUGUUGUCUGGUUCGGGUUGAUCAGCUUCUUGAAUGAGAUAUUGGUGGGUCCUCAGGGUCUCCUUGUCCUCCUCUCUCGGCAAGUCUAG